AAAUUUAUGAGGAUUAAGUGAGUAAACCCAAAUCGCCUGUUUUCGGCUUGUUUUCUUCUCCAGUUUUCUUCAGCUCGUCUCUCUCUAAUCCAUGCUCGAAACUGCUCCAAUCCUCAUGAAGAUCCACUAUUGAAGGCCGUAUAGAAUGCCGUCCAAGGACCGAGUAGCGUAUUUCUAUGACGGGGAUGUGGGCAAUGUUUAUUUUGGACCAAACCAUCCAAUGAAGCCACAUCGUCUCUGUAUGACACAUCAUCUUGUUCUCUCAUAUGAACUUCACAAGAAGAUGGAAAUAUAUAGGCCACACAAGGCAUAUCCCGUCGAGCUUGCCCAGUUCCAUACAGCAGAUUAUGUGGAGUUCUUGCAUCGAAUUACACCAGACACACAACAUUUGUUUGCAAAUGAAUUGGCACAAUAUAAUCUUGGCGAGGAUUGCCCUGUAUUUGAGAACUUGUUUGAGUUCUGUCAAAUAUAUGCUGGUGGCACGAUAGAUGCUGCACGAAGAUUGAACAAUCAACUCUGUGACAUAGCUAUCAAUUGGGCUGGUGGAUUACAUCAUGCAAAAAAAUGCGAGGCAUCAGGAUUUUGUUAUAUAAAUGACCUGGUUUUGGGAAUCUUAGAGCUUCUGAAAUACCAUGCCCGUGUUUUAUACAUCGACAUAGAUAUUCAUCAUGGUGAUGGAGUUGAAGAGGCUUUCUACUUUACAGAUAGGGUGAUGACUGUUAGCUUCCACAAGUAUGGAGAUUUGUUCUUUCCGGGCACCGGUGAUGUCAAGGAAAUAGGUGAACGUGAAGGAAAGUACUAUGCCAUUAAUAUCCCACUUAAGGAUGGAAUUGAUGAUGCAAGUUUUACAAGACUAUUUAAAACGAUUAUUGCCAAAGUUGUUGAAACAUAUAUACCAGGUGUUAUUAUUCUCCAAUGUGGUGCUGAUUCUCUUGCUGGAGAUCGUUUGGGCUGCUUCAACCUUUCUAUUGAAGGUCAUGCUGAAUGUGUGAAGUUUGUGAAGAAAUUUAACCUGCCUUUGUUGGUGACUGGUGGUGGGGGUUAUACAAAAGAAAAUGUAGCUCGCUGCUGGACUGUUGAAACUAGCGUUCUAUUAGAUACUGAACUUCCAAACGAGAUUCCGGAGAACGAAUAUAUAAAUUAUUUUGCCCCGGAUUAUUCUUUGAAGAUUCAGAGCAGGAAUAUGGAGAACCUGAAUAGCAAAUCGUAUCUCAGAUAUAUAUAUAUAUAUAUAACAUCCUUUGCUCUUACCUUUUACAACUUUUUGCAGGUUCCUCCAGACUUUUAUAUCCCUGAUUUUGACGAUGAUGAGCUGAACCCAGAUGAACGUGUGAGCCAGCACGCUCAGGACAAGCAAAUUCAGCGCGAGGACGAGUAUUACGCCGGCGAAAAUGACAAUGAUCAUAAUGCUUAGCAAGGCAUGUAAUUUUUUAUUUUCAUUUCUCAAAAUUUAGCUAUUUUUUGUGUUCUUGAUAUUGUUUUCUUGCUGGGAAGAAACUCAAAUAGAAUCUAUUCCACUUGUUCUAUAUUUUUGUCUUUUAGGGUUUUUUCAAAUGAAGAAUAAAUGUGUGUGAUUCUUCUACCUCAUUCACCUUCAGCCACCUUCUCCAUGACAUUUGAGACCUGAUUCAUCCUGUAAGCUACAUGUUAUGAAUGCCAUUUAUUGUAAAUUCUGCAACUAAACUGAAAAAAGGUCACUGAAAUUGAUUUUUGAUUCUAUUUGGUCAGCAACAUUAGUAAGUAUUAUAUUCAA